AUGACUCUUUGUAGUUCUCUGCGAGCCACGGGAGCUGAGCUUGGACACAGAUUAGAAUAUAACCCAAGGUCGGGUGACUCGGAUACAAAAAAUUUGGAGAGGUUUGAAGAGUUCAUUGCAGAAGCGGAGAAGGACAGCAGGUACCGUCUACCGGCUAAGUUUAAAAGAUAUUCUCUAAAGUUCACAUUUUUUGUUCUUGGUAUCAAGUUGCAGAACAUGAUAGUUAAUGAGUCUGCACUUGCUACUGCAGUAAAAUCAUUACUCGAGGCAUCUGUGAGCAAUCUGACAGAGGCCCACAUGAUGGAAGGUGGAUCUGGCGCAGAUGAUGUCCAUUACUUCUUGGAUUUCACAAUGGCUGUUUUGGGAGCGUCCGUUGUGGAGUAUGACCAGUAUACAACCAAGAUACAAGCAGAAUACAUCCAUCUUCCAACAACUGCCUAUAAUCAGUUGAGAGUCAAAAUUCUAAAGAGUCUUCUGCUGAUGCCUAAUAUUUAUGCAACAAGAGAGUUUCAGAAAGAACGGGAGAAAACUGCACGAGAAAAUCUGCAGCGCGAAAUUGAUAAUCUUCAGGCUUAAUGGAGUUGCCUUGAAUUUUGGCUCUUAGCCUUGCUGACGAAUUUAGAUUGAAGAGUUCACUAGAAGUAAAAAGAUUAGCCUUGAUGAAUGGAAAGGGAAGAGAUUGGAGACAGGAGAAAUGGUUGCGUAAAAGAGGGUCCAAGUUGCUCUUAACAGUGGGAUCAAGUUAAAUAGGUAUUGAUGGGUAAAUCAGAUAAAGUUUAUUCUUUGAUGAUGUGGUAUACAGAGAAAUGAUCAAUAUUCUUAAUUUGUUAUACAAAAUUUCUUACGGACAUUUUAUAUGUAUUUUUGGUGUAACAUAUAAAAAGAGGAGAAAUCAUUCUAAUUUUUCUAUUAAAAGAAUGUAUAAUAUUGAGUGUUUUAGGUAUUGAUAUAAAGCCCAGUAUUAUCACUGACAUGCACUCUCUCUCAUUCACUUAUGUACUUCCUCACUCACUCUCACUGCAUAUUAUGGAAACACACACAUACAGACAUGCACAAACACAAACAUGCACAAGCACAUGCACAUGCGCACACACUCACACACUUUUGCACUUACAUGCGCGUGCACACGCGCACGCUCACACACACACACACACACACACACACACACACACACACACACACACACACACACACACACACACAC